AUGGAUCGCCUAGGGAAUGAGCACCCCUCCACGCUGACGAGCAUGGCCAACCUAGCGGCGACAUAUAGGAACCAGGGGCGAUGGAAGGAGGCCGAGGAGCUAGAGGUGCAGGUGAUGGAGACGUUUAAGAGGGUGCUUGGAGAGGAGCACCCCGACACGCUGACGAGCAUGGCCAACUUAGCAUACAUUUGGAAAGAAGAGAGACGACAAGGCGAUGCAGUUCAUCUUAUGGAGGAUUGCGCACGUCGCAGACAGCAAAGCCUCGGUGUAGAACACCCGGAUACGAUUUCUUCUAUCUCAGCCCUCACAGUUUGGAGAGACCAACUGGAAAGAACUUGUUCCCAGCCUCUACGACGGAGCAACAGUACUAGUAGGAAAAGGUCUAUUUACUUGUGUAUACCAUGUUUUAAAUAG